AUGAGUGGUGGAUGGAAUACCAUUGAGUCGGAUGCUGGCGUUUUCACUUUUCUUCUCAAUAACCUAGGCGUUCAGAAUGUUCAGUUUGAAGAGCUCCUUACAUUAGAGCCGGAAGCCCUGGCCUCGCUCCACCCUGUCUACGGCGUCAUAUUCCUCUUCAAGUACCCCACAGACACUCCCUAUACCUCGACCGAUAAGCCCCUCGAUGGCACCUUUGACUACGACGCUACGGAAAGCCUCUGGUUUGCGGCUCAGACAAUACAGAAUGCGUGUGGCACGCAGGCAUUACUCUCGGUGCUCAUGAACCGGGGUGGAGAGGUGGAUAUCGGGACCCCGCUAGGCGACUUCAGAGAAUUCACGAUGGCGUUGCCGCCCGAGUUCCGUGGCGAGGCGCUUAGCAAUAGUGAGCUGAUUCGGGACGUACACAACAGCUUCGCGCGCAGCAGUCCGUUUGUCGACGAGACGCAGCGCACGGGCGGCGAGACGGAGGACGCAUUCCACUUCAUUGCAUACACGCCUGUUGACGGCGUGCUCUACGAGCUCGAUGGCCUGCAGCCGGCGCCGAUCGCGCACGGGCCGUGUACAUCGGAGACUUUCCCCACGCGCGUCAUGGACGUACUACAGCGCCGCAUCGCGCGCUAUGACCUUUCAGAGAUCCGGUUCAAUCUCAUGGCGAUGGUCGGGGAUCGGCGGGCAGUAGCACGAGAGAUUGGCGAUGCGGAGAUGCUGGCGCGCGAGGAGCAGAAACGUCGCGAUUGGCAGUUCGAGAACGCGCUGCGUCGGCAUAACUUCGUAGGGUUUGCAGGCGCGGUGCUUAAGGGGGUGGUGGACUUGAAGAUUAAGGAAGGGGGAGAGGAUGCGUAUGUUAAGUGGGUUGAGGAGGCGAAGACGAAGACCAGACAGAGGCUCGAGAGUCGCAAGAAAGGGGGCGGGGAAGAUGUGGAGAUGGAGGGAUAG